AUGGCCUCAUUUGGUCAAAUCAUCUUCUGGGGCAUGAUCGUCCUCAUAUUUAUAAUAAGUGGACUCAUCAUUCUCAUUUUGGCUUUGGCAUUUUCAGUUUCAAACGGUUUUGUGGAAAGCAGUGACCUCUUUCCUGUGGGGAAUCUGGGGCAGGAUGUAAUCCUGCACUGCAGGUUCAAUCCCAGCAGUGGGACCGGGGUGAAAAUGAAUGAUGUGUCAAUCACCUGGGAGAAAAAGGGACUCAGCGGAGUGGUGUACCAGUACAAGAAUGGAGCAGCACAAUUAAAAGACCAAAACCCACUAUUCACAGAGAGGACUCAGCUUUUUACAGAUUUCAUCACGCUGGGCAAUGCCUCCCUGCUGCUGAGGAGCGUAAGGAUGGAGGAUGCCGGCGUUUACCAGUGUAGCGUUAGUGCUCCUGCAAGCCGAGGGACUAUCAGUGUACAUCUCAGAGUGGCUGCUUUCUCAGCUCCUACAUUCACCAUCUCAAACACAAGUCUGACUGCUGAAGCACAGAGAUGGCUCCCCAAACCAGAUGUGAGCUGGUCGGACUAUGCAGGGAAUCCCUUAAACGCGAGCACUCAUUUUUACAACAAUUCUGCUGGGAUACUACGAAUAGUGAGCACCCUUCAAGACCCAGUGAGAAUGGAUGACACAUAUACCUGUGUUAUCCAGAACAUUCUAGUGAAAGCUGUCUCCCAGGCAACACUGACAGACGACAUGAUAUACAGUGGAUGUCCCAGCAGAUACAUGAACUACAGGCAUUGGCCAUGA